UUCAAUAAAACAAAAAUAAAGCACCAUGCCGUUCACAAUGAAAGAAGGUGGCUUCGGCACCGGCGACUACGUGGCGUUCGGGCUGUUGUGUGCGGCGUCGUGCGCCGGCGGCGUGUGGUACAGCGCGAUGGGCUCGCGCAAGCGGACCUUGGUGGACAUCAGGGACUACCUGCUGGGCGGCAAGGCCAUGAGCACGGGGCCGGUGGCCAUGUCGCUUAUAGCCAGUUAUGUGUCAGGUGUGACAAUCCUGGGCACACCGGCGGAGAUUUACAAUUACGGCACACAGUACUGGCUUGUGAUCAUCGGCGUGACGCUCAGCUGCAUCAUCGUGGCCGCUGUUUAUCUGCCGGUGUUCUGCACGCUGAGGUUAUCGUCGUCUUAUGAAUAUUUAGAGUUUAGAUUCAAUCGUCACGUUCGCGCCGUAGCGUCACUACUUUUCUUAUUGGACGAGGUAUUGUUCCUGCCUAUGGUCGUGUAUGUUCCUGCAUUAGCAUUUAAUCAAUUGACGGGGUUCAACGUGUAUUACGUGGGCGGCAUCAUGGUGGCCAUUUGUGGUAUUUAUACAGCAUUAGGCGGGUUAAGAGCAGUGGUGUGGACGGACUCAGUGCAGACCGGCGUGAUGUUCAUCGGCGUCAUUCUGGUGGCGGCGGCGGGCACCGUCGCCGUCGGUGGCUUCUUCUCCGUGCUCGACGUGGCGACGGAGUCCGGCAGGGUGCAGCUAUCCAAUUGGAGCUUUUCUCCGUACGAACGUCAGACGGGGUGGGGUGCCGUCUUCGGCGGCAUGAUCUACUGGACGUGCUUCAACUCCGUCAACCAGACCAUGGUGCAGCGGUACAUCGCGCUGCCCUCCAAGCGGCAGGCCAUCUAUGCUCUAGCCAUGUUCUGCUUCGGGGCUGUCCUGGCUAUCUCGCUCUGCGUGUGGUGCGGCCUAGCGGCGUGGGCUGCGUGGGUGCAGGGUGGCUGCAACCCCGGCGGGGUGCCGCUGGUGGAUGACCGCCUGCUGCCUGCUUUUGUCACUUACAUCAGCAAGUUGCAACACCUGCCGGGGUUGGCUGGAGUGUUUUUGGCUGGUGUUUUCGGUGCUGGUUUGAGCUCGCUGUCGGCGGUACUAAACGCCUGCGCGCUGGUGGCAGUAGAAGACAUAAUGCGCGGUUGGCUGCGCUGGCACUUGAAGCCCUUACACGAAGGCAUCAUCGCGCGCGUGGUGACCGUGGUGCUCGCCAUCAUCUCCCUCAUCAUGCUGAUUGUCAUUGAGAAGCUGGGCGGAGUGCUGGGCGUCGCAACCGCGCUAUCAGCGAUUGCCGCCAGCGCCACCUGUGGCAUCUUCACGCUCGGCAUGGCGUUCCCCUGGGUGGGACCCCGGGGCGCCAUUACAGGCGCCGUCGCGGGCGCUAUCGUCGCCGGCACCACGUCCAUGGGCAUCCAAGCCGCCUCGGCGCAGGGCCUGAGGGCGCCACCUCUCAGCUUCUCUAUGGAGUGUAUUAGGAAUUCGUCGUACGUGCCGCCUUCUGAUGUUUUGGACCCAGAAACAAUAUUCCCCCUAUUCCGCAUCUCCUAUCACUGGAUCGCGCCGCUCGGACUUUUCACAACCCUGAUCGUCGGGGCCGUGAUGGGCUACCUGCUGGACAGCAAGUCGUCCAUCGUGAUGGACAAGGAGCUGUUUACGCCGGUGAUAUGGCGCUGCCUUCCGGCUGAGGCCCACGAGAGAGCGGGCGAGGUGCGGAGAGCCGCUAUGUUGGAUAAAGACGUGGAGCCGGCGCCGAACGCACCGCUCAUAUUGACUCCCAUAGGAGCUAAGGUUGAGAUGAACGGGGAAGCCAGCAGAUCGGGAAGAUGACCUGUAUUCUGAAAUAACUUACAAGGUCUGAAUUUUAGCUUACAAAACUUAUGACCACUACAUAUCUCUGCACUUGGCAAAAACUUCGAGGAAUCAGUUUGUAUUUGU